AGUUAAAAAAUAAUGAAGCCGCCUCUGAUCGAUUGCCCGGAGCAGCAGCACAUCGGCCAAAACGCAACUUCGACAAAGUUAUCGGAUAAUUUUCCUGCAGUGCGUUCAGAUGGAUAGUAGUAGCGGUUCGAGCUCCCAGUAUGUGCGCAGUAAUUUAGUAUACUUAAGAGCCUCCCCGCACGUGCGAUCGAGUGAAAUUUACUGAAAGCCCGACACCGCCCAGCAGAGAGUGGAGAAAAUAAAAUGGCAUCCAGCGCGUCGUCGUUGUACCUGUUCAAUUUUGGGCUGCCGCUGGUGGUGGUGCUGCUGCUGCUCGGGCAGGUCUGCGCUCAGAUCACCUGGACGCCAAUCUACGUGGGAUACGAGAGCCAGAUCGACCUCUGGACGCAGAGUCCUUCGGGCUGUCCCUGCAGCUACAACAAGAGCGACACUACGUGCGCCUGCUGCGUGCCGUCGGGCGGCUGCAGCUGCGGCGCCGCCGUGCCCAACAGAUGCACCCAGUGCGGACUCGAGCGAUACUGCGCCAACAUGUGCAACGUGACUCUCGACAGCCGACAGUUGUUCGACAAAUCGGACCGAGGCUUCGGCCAGAUAAAGUCGCCGCAGCUGCAAGGACCCACGACGUGCACCUACAGAUUCGUCCCGGACACCGGUCAACGCGUCGAGUUGCAGGUCUGGAGGAUGAUAUCCAUCGGACGACACAAUGGCACUGCGUGCGAAGGAGGAUGGCUGCAAUUCGACGGUGGAGCUCGGAUUUGCGGACGCGACUCACGAUUACAGCAGCCCAUUGUUCUUUUCUCUGACGAUCCCGAGCCGGUUUUGCGCAUGCAAAUAAACGAGCACACCGAAAGGUCGUUGGUUUACGCCUUUUACAGUUUCGCUUCCACCGCAAGUACGUCAGUCGGCUGGCCCGCAAAGGGUGGCAAGCGAACUCUUAAUACGGCGUCAAGGUCAACGUGCUCUGAUGAUAAAUGCAAAUUUUCGCGACAAAAAGUUGCACCACAAGAGCCUGUAGCUGAUUGUGAUUGGGUCUAUGAGGAGAGCAAUUGUCGGAGAAAUUGCGUUCUAGCCAGUCCUGGGUAUCCUGGAUUAUAUCCGCCAAAUUCAAAGUGUCGUUAUCUUAUCACCUCAAACUCUACUGUCACGAUCAACCUUUCCUUUACUACAGUUCUAAUGCCUGCUAAGCACUGCACCACCGAUUACAUAGCGGUUUACGCCGGGCCGACGGUCAACAGCGCCCUGCUGAAGACCUUUUGCGGCAAGCAGAAGGGCAGUGUCACCCACGUGGGCAAGGAUCUGCUGGUCGAGUUUCGCUCGGGCCCCGAGGUGGCUCCCUUCGAUUACAACGGCUUCGUGGCGUCGCUGAACAUGAUCGAGAUCACGACCGAGGCGCCGACCACGACGACGCCGACGCCCGAGACGACCAGCAAAGCCGUGGAACCGAUGCGCACGCCCGUCUCGACGCACGACGGAAACAACAAUCAUACCAGGAACUCGUUGCGCGCGAAGACUUACGCGCCGCCGUCGACGUCGAGCGGCGGCGGCAAUUGCGACGUGGAAGUGAGCAGCGAGCCCCAUCGGUCCGGCUCGCACAGCACCAGAGGCCGAGCUCUGGCACCCACUUGCCGGCUCACCCUCAUUGGCCGGGAAUACGAUACAGUGCUCGUGGUUAUAGCCAAGUACAAUCUCAGUGUUCCGGACUGCGUGUCGCAGAUCGAGGUUUUCGACGGACUGGUCGACAAGAAGACCGCGGCGAACGCCAAGCCCAUCGGCAAAAUAUGCUCGCUGGAGCCGCAUCUGAAGCACUCUUCGAGCCACGAGCACGUGGAAAAGAAGAAAUACUCGUCCAGCAGCAGAAACUUGACAAUCUUAUUGACCAAAGGCAGCGACUACGACUUCAUGGACGUGUCGUACUCUUUUCGCAACGAUUUCGUGACGGAGCGAGAGACGUCGACUCAGCAGGCUAAAACUUACUGCGACGUGGAGUACUACGGGCGUAGUUCGCCAAAAGCAGGAAUGGUGCUUCAUCCGAAGAUGGAUCGUUUCAGUUCUGAAUCCGGCAACGUCAAGUGCAAGCAGCAUUUCAUACCAGCUGCCAAUCAAGCUGUCAUCAUAACGCUGAACAGCACUAUGAACCAAACUUCGGAGAGUCGCUGCACCACACUGUGCGGAGAUCAGGGCUGCAGAUGUGCCAGCGACGAAGCACUCGACAACAUCGACCAUUUGCUCCUUGUCUCGCAGAAUCUUGGCAACGUUCUCGCUUGUCUCUGCGGUAACAAUCGGGACUGGCUGCCCGUGGAAUUCUGGAGCACGUCUCCGGUAUACAUCGAAUGGUCGCGCUCGAGCCACACCGGCUGGAAUUUAACGGCCGAGUACAAAUUUGCCGAGGACAAUUUGUGCGGGGCUCACGAGGCGGCUCUAGAUAGAUUGGAAGGUGGUGACAUUUUGGCCGGUCACUCGGCGAAUUUCAGUUUCGCCCUCAAUCAUUAUUACCAGCAGAAGUGCACUUACAUCAUCGAUUCGCCGCCCCAGCGUGAACUCGUCAUUACGAUCGAGUCGAAUCAGACCAGACCAUGCUCGGCUUGGAAUUUAACGAUCCACGAGUAUAACAAGACAUCGCCAAAUCCGGAAGGACCAAGAUUACACACGUUUUGUCCUCGCGACAUCUCUAGAAACUUCACAAUUGAACCCGAGCUUCGCUCCGUUAUAGUCAAGCUGCAAGCACUUGGCAGAACUGCUCCACGAUAUACGCUGCGCUGGCGCAGUCACACGGCUAAUUCGACGCGUCGUGGUAAAAAUCUCGCAGGGCUCAGUAAUAACAUCGCCCUGGCAAGUGCUUCCUCGAGUCGGAUUAUCAGCUGCUGUCGUCUUGUAAUUUUUGCCAUAUUAUUUGCAAACUUUGCUCGAACAAUGGUGAUAUUUUAAUGAAGAGAACAAUGCAAACAAUAAGUGUGGCAAUUAAUUCGAACGAGCAUUCGGAUGUUGUUUCUUCAUCUUCUAACUGAAGAAAAGGUUGUACAGAGCAAUAAUUUUAGAUAAAUUAUCGCUUCGCUUGACUGUAGAGACGAUCAUUUUGAUUUAUGUGAAUUGAACGAAUAUUUGAAAAGACUGCAAUGUUAUAAGGAGGGGAAAAGUAUAGUACGAAUUUCUUACGAUAAAUAAUCGUGUCCAUUUAAGCUGCAAUAAAUUGAAUUUAUUGCGAGCCUUACUAUUAUACUUAUAGAAUUAAAUUGAAGGAAAAAACCUAAGAUAAAUCUGGUCAAAACUAGAUGAAAUUAUCACAGUGUUUCGAAUUCAAAGAUUAUCGAAAAAAAAUUAUGUAAAUAUAAGGUACGUAAUGAAUAAAUGUAUAUUAUACCCUUUGCUCAACAGAGCUAAUUAUGUAAAAAAAUUAUUCUAUUAGUAUAAAUUUCAUGAAAUUGAUAAACAUCGAACUAAAUAUGUCGUGAACAUAUUAUGAAUUGAUAAAAUUGAUUUAAAAAAUGAAAAUGGUCCUAAAUGUAAAUAGCAAAUUGAAGGUAAUCGGAAGACGUAUUCGCGAGAAAAUGUAAAAUUGUGGUGACAUGAAAUUGCGUAAAUGCAAAGAUUGUAAAUUUCAGUUAAUUUUUAUUGACCCUAAAUUUUAUUCGUAAAAGUAUAAUGAUUGAAAUAAAAGUUUCACGUGUAAACAUUUUUAAGUGAAUUCAAUACUUGUCUAGAAAUCUAGAGCGACGAACUAUCGUAUACCGAGAUAAACUGCUUCAAAAAUUUACUAUGUUUCCUGAGGAAUAUACUCAAAAUGUAACUGAGAAAUAUACUCAAAAAUUCUUAUAAAAAUGAACAUGUUACAUAAUAAUAAAAAUAACUAUGAAACAUGGUAAUUUUUUCUCAGUCUAAACAAUCGUUUUGAUAUUUAUUUUUGUACCUAAACAAAUGAUCAUUCAUCAAUCGUUGUAAAUUUACUUCAUCUUUUUUUAACCGAUCAUUUUUAUUAAUGAUGAUUAGUUACUUCAAUAUGUACUAUGACACGUUACUACAUUAUCAUUAUAAAAAUGUAAAUUUGUACUUAAUACACUCGCAACCUUAAUAAAGAAUAGGAAAAAAAUAUUAUUAUAUGACAUAAAAAUAAAAAUAUACUACUUGCAAAAUUACUCGAACAGUUUAACAUACCGGGCCUAUACUUAUUCUAAUUAGUGUUUUUUUUUCGAUAAUGUAUUUAAAUAAAAUAAUCGUGAGUUUUUCGUUUAUCAAAAACAUUUCUUUAGAAAUAAUAGUUUUUAGCUUAAAACAUGUGUAAAUUUCAAAAUUAAGGAAAAACUUAGUUAAGGCAGCAUCAAAAUUUAAGAACAAAAAAUAAUUUUUUCUUUAUGAUACUUAUAGUCAUCAAGUCAUUAAUGCAUCAAGUUUGUACUUUAGUUUCAUUGAUUCAACACAAUGAAUUUCGAGUAUUUUGUGUACGUGUGCGUUUGGACACUCCCUUCCGUUUGAUUCUAAAACGUAAGUGAGUGUACAUGUAAGAUUUUCUAAUUGAAAGGAUUUGUAUAUAAUGAAAAAACUGAAUUUAUACUUUUACCCUACUCAAUUUCCAAUGCAUUAUGUAAUGGAUAAAAAUAACAUCAGAUCGGAUGAAAUUUUUAUAAGACGUGACAGAUCCUGCGACUAAUAAAUUAAGAGUUUAAGGUUGUAAAGUUCUAUGGAAGCAAGAAUAAAAAAAUGAUAAAAUAGAAUAUAGUAUAAAUGUCGAUUAAUCGGCUGUAACGAUAAAUAUUUAUAUUGGAGAGUGCAAACGAGUGUAUUUUAAUGAACGAGCUUCUUUUACCGUAAGCAGAGCACUCCAUUUUUGUUAUUAUAAUGCAUCCGAUUACUGUCCAGAAUUAUUCAACAUUAUUCAUCUGACUAAAAUUAUAAAGUAAAAUCAUUUUUUCAUGCUGAAUAAAAUGCAAUUUGUAUUCAGACUAAUUGCUAACAAAUUCUGGACAAGUAAUCGUCGAUAAAAAAUUUAUUGAUUAUUAUUAAGAAACCACAAUAGAACUCUAAAACAUAUUGAAACACUAUUAAUGUAUAAAUUUUAAAGAUA